CCUGGCCCCGCCUCCCGCGCAGCCGGAAGCAGAAGUGUCAAUGGCCGGCCACUUCCGGCUGGGCUCUGAGGCGGCAGGAGGACGCUGUAGCGUGGCGGCUUCCGCUCACAGGGCCCACGUCAGGCGUGACCACCGGGCGCCCCAGCCCUGCACCAUGAAGGAGACCGACCGCGAGGCCGUGGCCACGGCCGUACAGAGGGUGGCGGGCAUGUUGCAGCGCCCCGACCAGCUGGACAAGGUGGAGCAGUACCGCCGGAGGGAGGCCCGCAAGAAGGCAUCGGUGGAAGCCCGGCUCAAGGCCGCCAUCCAGUCCCAGCUGGACGGCGUGCGCACGGGCCUGAGCCAGCUGCACAGCGCUCUGACCGACGUCAGGGACAUCCGGCGCGCCCUGGGUGCCGUGAGCACCGACUGGCGCCAGAGCAUCAGCACCAUCGAGAGCCUCCGGGACGUGAAGGACGCCGUGGUGCGGCACAGCCAGCUGGCCGCCGCUGUGGAGAACCUCAAGAGCAUCUUCUCAGUGCCCGAGAUUGUGCGGGAGACGCAGGACCUGAUCGAGCAGGGGGCGCUCCUGCAGGCCCACCGCAAGCUGAUGGACCUGGAGUGCUCCCGGGACGGGCUGAUGUACGAGCAGUACCGCAUGGACAGCGGGAACACGCGGGACAUGACCCUCAUCCACAGCUACUUCGGGAGCACGCAGGGGCUCUCGGACGAGCUGGCCAAGCAGCUGUGGAUGGUGCUGCAGCGGGCGCUGGUGACCGUGCGCCGGGACCCCACGCUGCUGGUCUCAGUGGUGAGGAUCAUCGAGAGGGAGGAGAAGAUCGACCGGCGCAUCCUGGACCGCAAGAAGCAGACGGGCUUCGUGCCCCCGGGGCGGCCCAAGCGCUGGAAGGACAAGAUGUUCUCCGUCCUGGACAGGACGGUGACCACCAGGAUCGAGGGCACCCAGGCCGACACCAGGGAGUCGGACAAGAUGUGGCUCGUGCGCCACCUGGAGAUCAUCAGGAAGUACGUGCUGGACGACCUGCUCGUGGCCAAAAGCCUGUUGGUGCAGUGCUUCCCCGCCCACUACGGGAUCUUCCGCAGCCUCCUGGGCAUGUACCACCAGGCCCUGAGCACGCGCAUGCAGGAGCUGGCCGCAGAGGACCUGGAGGCAAACGAGAUAGUGAGCCUGCUCACCUGGGUCCUCAACACCUACACCAGCUGCGAGAUGAUGGGGAACCUGGAGCUGGCCCCAGAGGUGGACGUCAGUGCCCUGGAGUCUCUUCUCGCUCCACAUGUGAUCUCUGAGCUGCUGGACACCUACAUGUCAACUCUCACCUCCAACAUCAUCGCCUGGCUACGGAAAGCUCUGGAGACAGACAAGAAAGACUGGAUGCGAGAGACUGAGCCAGAGGCUGACCAGGACGGGUACUUUCAGACAACGCUCCCUGCCAUCGUCUUCCAGAUGUUUGAACAGAAUCUUCAAGUUGCUGCUCAGAUAAGUGAAGAAUUGAAGACAAAGGUGUUAGUUCUGUGUCUCCAGCAGAUGAACUCCUUCCUAAGUAGGUACAAGGAGGAGGCCCAGCAGUAUAAGGAGGACCACCUUCGCGACCGUCAGCACCCACACUGCUAUGUGCAGUACAUGAUUGCCAUCAUCAACAACUGCCAGACCUUCAAAGAGUCCAUCGUCAGUCUGAAAAGGAAGUAUCUGAGCAGUGACAUGGAGGAGGGCCUGGGCCUGAGCCAGCCCAGCAUGGACGGGGUCCUGGACGCCAUCGCCAAGGAGGGCUGCAGCGGCCUGCUGGAAGAGGUCUUCCUGGACCUGGAGCAACAUCUCAGUGAGCUGAUGACUAAGAAGUGGCUGCUGGGCUCCAACGCUGUGGACACCAUCUGUGUCACCGUGGAGGACUACUUCAAUGACUUUGCUAAAAUUAAGAAGCCAUAUAAGAAGAGGAUGAUGGCAGAGGCGCACCGGCGCGUGGUGGUGGAGUACCUGCGGGCUGCCAUGCAGAAGCGCAUCUCCUUCCGCAGCGCCGAGGAGCGCAAGGAGGGCGGCGAGAGGAUGGUGCGCGAGGCGGAGCAGCUGCGCUUCCUCUUCCGGAAGCUGGCGUCCGGGUUCGGGGAGGAUGUGGAUGGGCACUGUGAUACUAUUGUCGCCGUGGCCGAGGUCAUCAAGCUCACGGACCCCUCCUUGCUCUAUCUGGAAGUCUCCACACUGGUCAGCAAGUACCCUGACAUCAGGGACGACCACAUAGGCGCGCUGCUGGCCAUGCGUGGAGAUGCCAGCCGGGACAUGAAGCAGACCAUCAUCGAGAGCCUGGAGCAGGGCCCCACACAGGCGAGCCCCCACUACGUGCCCCUUUUUAAGGACAUCAUGGUGCCCAGUCUGACCGUGGCCAAGCUGCUCAAGUAGCCGAUCCAGGUGCUACCAUGCCUAGGAGGACAGACGACAGCUGGCCCUUCUCCCUGGCAGAGCAGGGCUGCUGACUGCCGCAGACAGCCUCACCUUCAGGGGCUGUGUCCCUGGGCUCCCGUGGACACCCUGCAUUGAGUGACUACGUGAUCCCCCCCAGCUGGGCCCGUGUCCUUAUUACCCAGUGCCAGUUUAUAGGUGGCAGUGUGAGUGUCCGUGUCCAUGUCCUGUGUAAGCUGUGCUAUAUGCCCUCAGCAGAGCUGCCAGCCUCGCCUCCCUCCCAGCACCCACAGAUGAGGAAUAAACGGGGCUGUGUGCUCUGA